AUGUUCUCCAUCUCCGGAACUGUGUCGUUGCAAAUGUCGUGGGCACAUGGAAAAGUUGGUGAAGAUAGAGUACAUAUUGUGAUUUUUGAGGAACAUGGAUUUGUUUUUGUUGGCAUUUAUGAUGGUUUUAGUGGACCUGAUGCCACUGAUUUCUUGUUAAACAAUCUUUAUUUCAAUGUUUACAAGGAGCUUAAGGGAUUAUUAUGGUUCGACAAGUCAGAAUCGUGCGAAAACACCAUCAAUAGUCAGUCGUUUAUGUCCAAGAGUUUGGAUACUAAGGAAAGAGUGGAAUUGGAAAGAAAAUUAAGGGAGAAAUUGAGUAAUUUGGAGGUUGAUGUGGUUCGAGGAAAUAAUAUUAUUAACCAUUUGAGGGUGCUGAAAGCUCUAUCCGAAGCGCUGAGGAAGACUGAGGCAUCGUAUUUGGAUCGUUGCACAUCUGUUAAAGAGGAAGUUAGAAGGAUUCGAACUGAGCAUCCAGACAAUCCCUUGGCGGUAUUCAACAAAAGAGUGAAAGGUUCGUUGAAGGUCACUUGUGCUUUUGGAGCCGAUUUCCUCAAACAGUCUUUGUUGAAACCAAUCCCUCUUGAAGCAACAUCAGUGGCAAACAAAACUGAAGUCUUCUCACAAAAUUGA